CCGUGCUAGGCAAUUGGGGCGGACAGUGCUGGACAGACCUCGGCCUCGUCGCGGCGAACGGUAUCACCACGGUCCGGAGUUAGAAGAUUCUUGCGUGACACGAUCUCUAGCUAACACACCCGACCCUUCCUGGAGAUACACGCGCCUGCAGCCUCGAAGCGCCGGGGAGCGGGGGCUCGUCCACCACUUGCACAUUAUACGAGCUGCAUGGUCGUGGGGAUGAAGAUGGCCGCCGUUCGUUCGUUCGACCGCCAGGACAGGUCGUCAGCCACGGGCACUGUCAGAUCCAGGGGCGCCAUCUCACCGGCGGCGACGCAGCGCAACCGUCCCUGGUCGUUCCCCGGUCGGUAUGGCUCGACGAGCGUUAUGGACGGCAUGCUCCGCUCGGACACACUGCGACGCAGGGCGAGGAGGACUUCCGAAGGGAACGUGGUAGAAGAUCUGAUCGACUUUUUCCGCAAUACGCCGCCGCCGCCCGGAAACUUUGUGUCCACGCCGGAUCCUCUUGAUGAGAAGCCGAAAGAGAACAAGCGGUUUGCUUUUUGGCCGUUCCGCAGGAAGGCGAAUGUGGCGGGCAAGGAGGCGCGCGCGGCACCCAGACGCAUCAAGCUUCCAGACUCGGCGGUGGCGGGGACGACUGUCGACGGGUAUCGUCAUAUUGCCAUCUCCAUCCCGAUUGAGUAUGCGCACCUGGAGCUCCUGACCGACAAUACCGCAGUUCCAGGCGCCGAGCAUGCUAAGGCCGGGCAGGUGGAAGAUGAGAGUAAGGUGCCGUCCUUCGUCAAGGCCGACUACAGCUCUCGGACGGAACAAGAUCACCGAAAAGCAGAGCCGUCGGCCCUUCGAACUGGGGAUACGGUCGUCGACGCUGGCACGCCGGCUGCCCCGUCCGAGCUAUCACCGCGUCAAAACACCCGCCGCUCUGGGUCUACUGUGGCCAUGAUGAAGGACGGGCCCGAGAAGAAGCGGGCUUUGCAUCACCAACCUGUCAUCGGGCGCUGGUUGGCCAACAGUGAGGACCUACAAGGCAUCUGGGCUUGUCAAUCGGGGAAUUCACAUCUUCUCGGCAAGCGGCCAUCUUCGCCUGAGAGCGUUUCCAGCACCAGCAGUGAGCCCAUCAAUUCGGAAGCGGAAACGGUGUACAUCCCUUCGCCCUCUUCCGGUGCUGGGCUCCCAAACUCCUCGCGCUCCAACAACUCGGACGAAGAAACGGCCAGCUAUCACACGCCCGCGCUUUCCCCUUCAUCCCCGGGGUUUCCCCCUAGAGAGGCCCCCGAUAUAUGGGGCGAAAGCGAAAACUGGUCAGCUCUGUCCGACUUGUCAGCACCAUACGGCCGGGGCACAUUCCAGACAUCGAGUAGUGCGCAUGGAGCCAGCUUUUCGCAUCAUGUCAUGUACCGGGAUCACCAACCCCAUACGCUCUCGGACAUUCCCUCAGAAACACAGACCCUGCAGAGCUUCCAUCUCGCCCCAACCCCAGUAACGGUGGUGGCCGACAUCGAGCCGUCCACGCAGACACCCUCGCGACACAUAGGGCCCGGCACAAACGAUGAAGCAUCGUCCGCCGAUACCAGCUCCCAACCUCGCACGCCAGUCCUUGUCGAGAGACGCCGCCCCCGACGAGUGCGCGGCAUCUCAGACUUGAGAGUUCUCGCACCGAGCCCGGACCCUUCUCCCUGCGCCUCCCAGGCCGGUCACCCCAGCCCCGUAUCCCAGUCCCCGCCACGCUCCGCGUCGCGCGGGGAUCACAUCCGACGCUACGACGACGGGCGCCAGCGAGCGCGGCAGCGCGAAUUCGACCUCCUCCUCCUAGACCGCCUGGAGAGGCUAGAGCAGGCCUUCGAGCGCUGGACGAGCGCGCUCGUGCCGCUUCUCGGGCGCCGAGCUGGCUUUGCGGCAUGUCGAAUUCUAGCAGUGCUUCCGUGCCCAGUUUAAGGGGAACGCCGGCGGCUUCCGGCAGGCGUGGAGGGGCAGUUCCCACGCCCGACGACUUUCUUAUUGCAGGGCAGAGGGGCGGGCCGAGUCCGGUGGGAGGUGACUGGUGGACGACGUUUGCAGGGAGACGGCACCAGUGUCCUGAAUGGCGUCUGAGUUCCAGCCGACUUGAUGAGCCUCAAUUUCCGCUCGGAGGCAGUGCCGUGGAAGACCCGGGCGGGUGGGGCGGCCUCGAGGUGGUGAUGAGGGAAAUAAUAUCGGGUGCCAUCCCACCUAGGACCUAGGG